AUGAGGAAAACCAACCUGUGGUUCCUGGAGCGACUGCGGGGCUCCGGGGAGAACGGGGCUGCGCGGGGCGCGGGCGGGGAGGCUGGGGACCGGGCCUCCAGGGGGCCCCUGUACAGCAACGUGCUGACCCCCGACAAGAUCCCCGACUUCUUCAUUCCCCCGAAGCUGCCCUCGGGCCCCCCGGAGGCCGAAGGGCAGGCGGAGCCGGGCCCGGCCGCGUCGGAGCAGAGCCCGGCCUCGGCUGCGCCGCGCCGCGCCCCUCGGAGCCCCCGGCUGCCGGCCAAGCUGGCGGCCGAGAGCAGGAGCCUGCUGAAGGCGGCCACCCGGCACGUUAUCCAGAUCGAAAGCGCAGAGGACUGGCCGGCCGAGGAGGCCGCGGGCGCCGGCGCGGAGUCCCUGCCCUCCGUCCCCAAGGCGCAAACGUCCUACGGCGUCGCUGCGCUGGCCGAGAGCCCGCACACGCGGCGCAAGGAGUCCCUGUUCCACAGCGAGCACGGUGCCCUGGCCCAGGUGGGCUCCCCUGGGGCCGGCCGCCGCCGGGCGGGCGCCCAGGCCAACGGCGGUGCCGGGGGCCCCGGGGAGGCCGGGGGCGCCCUCGCCAGCCCCGGCCGCUACUUCAGCGGCGGGGAGAGCGACACGGGGUCCUCGGCCGAGUCGUCCCCGUUCGGGUCCCCAUUGUUGUCACGCUCCGUGUCGCUGCUGAAAGGCUUCGCCCAGGACGGCCAGGCCAAGGUCAGCCAGCUCCGGCACUCGGUCGGGCGCCACGGCUCCCUGUCGGCGGAGGACAGCACGCCGGACACCAGCCCUGGCGUCCGGCGGCGCCUGACCCGCCGCGCCGCGCAGGAACCCGGCCCAGAGCCGGGCGCGGCGCCGCGCGCCGAGCGCACCGUGCGGCUGGGCGCUCGGGGCAGCGUGCGCCUGCUGGCCGAGUACGAGGCAGCCCAGGCCCGGCUGCGGGUGCGCCUGCUGGCCGCCGAGGGCCUCUACGACCACCUGUGCGACGCCCGCAGCAUCAACUGCUGCGUGGGGCUGUGCCUGGUGCCGGGCAAGCUGCAGAAGCAGCGCAGCACCAUCGUCAAGAACAGUCGCCACCCCAUCUUCAACGAGGACUUCUUCUUCGACGGCCUGGGCCCGGCCAGCGUCCGCAAGCUGGCGCUCAGGGUCAAGGUGGUCAACAAGGGGGGCAGCCUCAAGCGAGACACGCUGCUGGGCGAGGAGGAGCUGCCCCUGACGGCCCUGCUGCCGGUCCUGUGA